UUAAAAACACGGGAUAGGUAAAAAGUCGUGAAAAAUGGUAAUUGCCAUCGGUUUUGAAGGCAGUGCAAAUAAAUUAGGCAUUGGAAUCAUUAAAGAUGGAAAAGUAUUAUCCAAUUGCCGUAGAACAUACAUUACACCCCCGGGUGAAGGUUUUCUACCUAAAGAAACUGCACAACACCAUAGAAAUAAUGUUAUGGCAGUAUUAAAGGAAGCAAUUGAUAAAUCGGGAAUAAGUUUUAAAGAUAUUGAUGUGGUUUGUUACACUAAAGGCCCUGGAAUGGGAGCACCUUUAGCUACAGUUGCGGUUGUAGCCAGGACGGUGGCUCAACUGUGGAAUAAACCAUUAUUAGGAGUCAAUCAUUGCAUUGGACACAUUGAAAUGGGAAGAUUAAUUACAGGUGCCCAUAAUCCCACUGUUUUAUAUGUGAGCGGUGGAAACACUCAAAUUAUUGCAUAUGCUAGAAAGAGAUAUAGAAUUUUUGGAGAGACUAUAGACAUUGCUGUGGGUAAUUGUUUGGAUAGAUUUGCAAGAGUAUUGAAACUAUCAAAUGAUCCAAGUCCCGGCUAUAAUAUAGAACAAUCUGCAAAGAAGGGUAAAAAAUAUGUACCUCUGCCAUAUUGUGUUAAAGGGAUGGAUGUUAGUUUCUCUGGUAUUUUAAGCUACAUGGAGGAGCAUACAGAAAACCUCUUAAAAGGGGGUUACACACCAGAGGAUUUAUGUUUUUCUUUGCAAGAAACAAUAUUUGCUAUGUUGGUAGAAACAACAGAGAGAGCACUGGCACAUUGUAAUUCAACAGAAGUUUUAAUUGUGGGUGGUGUCGGAUGUAAUUUAAGGCUUCAAGAAAUGAUGGGUGUAAUGUGCAAAGAACGAGGUGCGACUCUUUUUGCCACAGACGAACGAUUUUGCAUCGAUAAUGGAAUAAUGAUUGCUCAUGCAGGAGCUGAAAUGUUCAAAGCAGGCACCCGAAUGAAAUGGGAAGAUAGUUUUAUAACCCAAAGGUAUAGAACAGAUGAGGUGGAAACAAAUUGGCGGGAUGAUUAAGAUUGUUAAUAAACGUUUUUAUCUUUGAA